AUGGUAUCUUUUGAUGUUACAUCCCUUUUUACUUCGAUUCCCAAGAACCUGGCGAUCGAGACAAUUGAGCUGCUACUACAAAGCAAAUACGAUGAACACGAGAACCGUUUUGGACACGUCCAAAUCAUUCAGCUCCUGAAGCUCUGUCUCAGGACGUACUUCACGUUCAACGGGACAAUCUACGAACAGGCGAAGGCCACACCAAUGGGUUCGCCGAUUUCGGGAUUCAUCGCCGAGGCGGUCCUGCAACGGUUAGAGUCGCUGGUCUUCCAACACCACAGACCGAAAUUCUGGGCCCGGUUUGUGGAUGACACCUUCGUUGUCAUCGAACGGGAUCAGGUGUUGACAUUCCAAGAACAUCUCAACGCCGUCUUCCCGGACAUUCAAUUUACGAUGGAGGAGGAAGAGAACAACCAGCUGGCCUUCCUGGAUAUCCUCGUAUGCCGCAAAGAUUGUGGUGAACUAAAAACCAAAGUGUUCAGGAAAGCGACAAAUACGAUGCAAGUACUGAACUUCAAAUGUAACCACCCAAUCAGCCACAAACGCAGCUGUGUAAGGACGCUCUAUCGGCGUGUUGCAGCGCACUGCAGUGAGCCGGAAGACAAAAUUGCCGAAGUACAAUACCUCCGACAUGUCUUCGAAGCCAAUGGCUACCCGCGCAACUUAGUCGACCGGUGCAUACGCAAAAGGGACGAAAGGCCUAACCGCACGGACACCAAAUCUUGGCGGGCACUUCCGUAUGUCAAGAACGUUUCGGAAGCUGUCGGCGGCCUUCUCGCACCACUUGGGGUUGGAGUGACACGCAGACCGGAGGCAACCAUCAGGUGUCUGGUCAUGAAACCGAAAGACCCACCGCCACGGCUAGAAACGUCUGCAGUCGUUUAUCGGAUCUGGUGCAGUUGCGGACAAAGCAACUACGUCGGAGAAACCGGAAGACAGCUCCGAACGAGAAUGGCCGAACACGCGGCAGCGGUGCGCAGAAAUGACGCCAGCUCUCAAGUUGCGGCUCAUUCGACGGGUUCCGGCCACACAUUCAAAUUCGAUGAAGCUGAAAUUCUCGCAAGAGGUGACAACCGCGUGAGCCGGGAGUUACUGGAAUAA